AUGGUUCGCUUCGCAGCUGCUGUCCUUGCCUUUGCGGCGUUAUCUACGGCCGUCUCUAAUGGACCUGGCAAUGCCGCCGCUGAAAAUCUCCAGCGGCGUCAGGAGGAUGCAGCCGCGCCGCCUGCAAAGGUUCCUUCCGACGGAGAGGUGACUAAAAAGAUACGGAAGGAGAUUAAAGACAUUAUGGGUUCUAUUGACCUCAUUCUUGAUGGGCUCGAUGACGAUAAGGAGGAGUAA